UCUCCCACUUCAACUCUGCUCUGCGAUUGCGAUUCAUUCUGUCUUAUAACUAUUGGCGAAUGGAAAUGGUGGGAAGGAAUAGAAAUGCGUAUUUGGUGUUGUGUUUGGUUGCAUGGCUUUGUGUGGGGCCGGGUGAGUCGGAUAAUGGGCUUCAAAGGAUUGGGCUGAGAAAGAUGAAAGUGGGCCGGGCUUUCAAUAGGAAGUACGGUCUCCUCAGUAAUAACGAUGAGGGAGAAAGUGAAAUUGUGGGACUCAAGAAUUUCUUGGAUGCUCAGUAUUAUGGUGAAAUCGCCAUUGGUACCCCUCCUCAGAAGUUCGCUGUUCUUUUUGAUACUGGCAGCUCUAACACCUGGGUCCCAUCCGAUAAAUGCUUUACCUCUAUGGCAUGCUAUGUCCAUGCCAAGUACAGGUCUAGACAAUCAAGAACAUACAGACAAAACGGGACUUCUGCUUCAAUUCGAUAUGGUAGUGGAUCCAUAUAUGGUUUCUUCAGUUAUGACAAUGUCCAAGUUGCUGACGUAAUUGUAAAGAACCAGGAAUUCAUUGAAGCAACUCAAGAGCCUGGCCUUGCAUUUGUGGCGGCCAAGUUCGAUGGUUUAGUAGGACUUGGUUUCCAAGAGAUAUCUGUUGGAAAUUCUGUUCCUCUGUGGUACAAUAUGAUCAAUCAAGGUCUGAUGAAGGAGCCAUUAUUUUCGUUCUGGCUCAAUCGAAACACAGCGGAUGAUAGAGGGGGCGAGAUUGUCUUUGGUGGCGUUGAUCCUGCUCACUUCCAGGGUGAGCACACUUAUGUUCCUGUGACGCGAAAAGGCUAUUGGCAGUUUGACAUGGGUGAUGUGCUGAUUGCUGGUAAACCAAUUGGAGAUUGUGCUAAUGGCUGUGCUGCAAUAGCAGAUUCAGGGACUUCUUUGAUCACAGGUCCCACGGAUGCAAUUAAUGCUAUAAAUGAAGCCAUUGGAGCUAAUGGAGAUGAAGUUGCAAGCCAAGAAUGCAAGACUGUUGUUAAUCUCCAUGGACCUACAAUCCUGGACUUGCUUUUAGCUAAAGCACAGUCAAAUAAGAUAUGCUCCCAAAUUGGAUUGUGUGCAUUUGAUGGGACUCGUGGAGUUAGCAUGGGUAUUGAGAGGGUUGUGGAUAAGAAUGAAAGAAAAUCUUCUGGUGAUGCUACUUGUUCUGCUUGUGAGAUGGCUGUUGUUUGGAUGGAAAACCAGCUGAGGCACGAUCAGACACAAUAUCAGAUACUAAGCAAUGUCAAUAAGGCUUGUGGUAAACUGGGAGAAGCACUUGUUGCCUGUGAAAAGAUACCUUCAAUGCCUACUAUUUCCUUCACUAUUGGUGGAAAAACUUUUGACCUUUCCCCCAAUGAAUAUAUUCUCAAGGAUGAAGAAGGUUCUCAAGUUCAAUGCAUCAGUGGCUUUUCUGCGUUGGAUGUGCCUCCUCCUCGGGGCCCUAUCUGGAUCCUUGGGGAUGUUUUCAUGGGUCCCUAUCACACAGUGUUUGAUCUUGGUAACUUGAGGGUGGGAUUUGCCAGAGCUGCAUGAAGAAUAUAUAUAGAUAUACAUGCAUACUUGUCAUGUUCAUUUGGUAUUGGUUUAUGUGUGUAUCUCAACCAUAUAUGUGUAAUUACUGAUUAAUAUUCAUUGAAUACAAGGAACAUCAUUAUUUUAAAAAUUAAUGAAAAAUACAGCCACUUCGA